AGGCUUCUGCCACCGCCUUGUGUAUGAACGCCAACUCAUAGUACACAGGUCCACUGCAACCACCUUGUCUAUAAAUAAACGUUUGAAAGCGUCACUGCUUCACUUUUAACGUACGAAAACACAUAACACACUAGUGCCUCCUAACCGACCUUUACAAUAUCUUAAAACAUACUCCCUCUUUCUCUGUUUUGUGUUGUGACUUCUUGAAACUGCUAAUUAAGGAUAUGAGUAAACAAGACUUGUUUAAAAUCCAGAGUUGUGUACUCAAGGUUAAUAUCCACUGCGAUGGCUGUGAGAAAAAAGUCAAGAAACUGCUGCAGAAAAUCGAAGGGGUGUAUUCUGUGAGAGUAGAUGCAGAUGAAGGGAAAGUGGUUGUUGCAGGCGAUGUGGAUCCAGCCAAACUAGUGAAAAAGCUGAAGAGGGCAGGGAAGCAUGCUGAGAUAUGGGGCGGUGGCCAGAAAGGAAUGAUGUUCGAUCAAAAUUAUUCCAUCAACUCCCCAUUUCAGAACAUGCUAGUUGAUAAUGGUAAAGGGGCAAAGGACAACAAGUCUCAAAAUCACAAGGGUCAGAAAGGUAGGGUUGUUGUUGGUGGUGGUCAUCAAGAUCAAGUUGGUCAACUAGCACACUUCCAAAAUGUUAAAGGGGUUCAGGAUUUCAAGGUACCUACCAAGGAGCACAAAUCUGUCAAGUUCAACUUGCCAGAGGAGGAUUUUGGUGUAAAUGAUGAUGAUGGUUUUGAUGAGCAUGAAGACAACUUUGAUGAUUAUGAUGAAGAGGAAGAGAAAGGAGUUGGUCAUAGUACAAUGCAUCAAAACAAGAUGAUGCCAAUGAUGGGGGAUGGCCGUGGGCCUCAUGGGCCUGCCAUCAGCAAUAAUAGCCUUAAAGACAAUGCUUAUGGGAGUAGGAAUAAUAAUGGCAGUGUCGAGAAAGGUGACGUCAUUGAUCCUACAAUGUUAUUCAAGGGCAAAGGUGGAAAUUACAUUGCGACCAAAAGUGACAACAAUGGGGGAAAGAAAAGUGGCCUAAAAUAUGAAAACAAAAAUGAGGAUAAGCCUAAGCAUAAGGGAAGUGCUUUUGGAGAUUAUGAUAACAAGAAAAAGAAUGGCAAAAGUGAUGGUGGAUUACUAGGUCGGUUACUAGGCUUUGGGAAAAAGAGCAAGAAGGUGGAAUUUGAAGAAGUGACUUAUGGCAAUAGGAGCAAGAACCAAAACAAUAAAGGCAAGGAAGGGAAAUUGAAGGGCCACGAGGGUAAAAAGGACAUUGACUUUGAUGAUUUUGGAGACUAUGAUGACACCCUAUUUCAUCACAAAAAUAGCAAGCGUGGUAAAGACGAGCAAACUGUCCCAAGCCCAAAAGCGGGAAAUUAUCCAAUGGACAGUAAGGGUGGUAAAGAAGAUCAUAUGGGCCCAAGCCCAAAAAUGGAUGAUUAUCCAAUGAGGCAUGAGAUGGAGAAUAUUCCAGCAAUGCAAGGAGUUCCAUCGAUGAAGAGUGGUGGUGGGGGUUACCAAGGGAUGCAAAUGCAACAUGCUCCAUAUAAUAAUAACCUUCAGCAGCAGCAGCACUACUUGACUAUGAUGAUGAACCAACAUCAACAUCAGCAAGCAAAUGUGAACAACAACAACAACAUGAUGUACCCACCAGCCAUGAUGUAUGGUAUGCCACAUCCAUCUAUGAACUACAUGCCACCACCACCCAUGCCAUCCCACCCUAUGGCCGAUCCUAUUACUCAUACUUUCAGUGAUGAGAACGUUGAGAGUUGCAGUAUCAUGUAGUAGUAAUUACUAGUGAGUGUAUUCACAACUUGCAUUUCAGUAGUUCUGUUUUUUUUCUUUUCUUUUUGAAGUUCA